AUGAACAAAUUCACACUCGUUGUGGCCAUCAUCCUUGUUGUUGGUUUGAUCCAUUCUUCAUCAUUGGCAACUGUGGAUGGAGCCGAGAAUGCUCAUUCGGGCUCACCCACUCCUCUCGAUGCCUACAUGUCUCUUCCAGAUCCCUAUUAUUCCUAUAAAUUAGCCUCUCAUAUCGAUAAUGCUGCUGCCGACGUGUACGUGAUUAAUAUGACUUCUCUCGGAUACCUCACACCAGCUCAGUCCAAUCGUCCUAUUUGGACUCAUACUCUCACACUAGUAGUUCCAAAGAAUUUAAACACUCAAAUCCGAAGAGCUUCUUUACUCAUCAACGGUGGUGAUAAUCUUCAGCCUAAUAUUCCUUCUGCAGAUUUAAAUGAUUUAAUUUUAAUAUCAAGCGUCACUAGGAGCAUCAUGGCUGAUUUGAUGCAAGUACCUAAUCAACCUAUUGUGUUCGCUAAUGAUCCAUUGCACAUGAAGAGAUCGGAAGAUGACAUUACUGCCUUCACUUGGAGAUAUUUCAUGAAUAACACAAAACAACAACCUGACGAUGCCUACAAGUGGAUUAUUCAACUACCAAUGGCCAAGAGUGCUAAAUACGCUUUGGAUACCAUGCAGAGUUUCACCAAUGAUUUGUUAAAAUGA